AUGAACACGUUCAAAUUGUUCUUGUUGAAAUUUGAGCCUGUGGCUCGACUACUAAUUAUUCGGAAAUUGAUCAGCAUGAUCAUGAAGAACGAAAUACAAAAGCUGGAGUUCAGCGCAGUCAAUUCCACAGAGCCUAACGCGUUAAAUUUUGAGCCGCAGUUGUUUGCAUGGCUCAUCGAUCUGUAUCGCUCUAACCUCAACCAUGAUGAAUUUCGCCGGGAGCUUGGCUUUCUCUGGGGUGACUUAUCCACAAUACGUUACUCACGGCUUGCUGAUGCAUUGCAAUAUUUCAUAUCUGUUUUUGUGCUUGCUCAAGAUCAGGCGUUGCGCAAAUUCAAUCCCCACUUAAUGCUCAAUAUUUACCACCAUUAUCUCUUACCGAUGAAGGUACAAAUAUCGGAUUGGUCGACUUUGGUAAAUGCGCAAGCAAAGCACGAAAACGAUGCCAGUCUUGCUACACCAGCGGAAAAAUUGGCAGAAAAUAUGGAAAAUCUGGAUGCGGAAGCACGCCGACAACAGGAUUUGCAAUCGCUACCAUUGCUGCAAUUUCAGUUUACACAAACUUUACAAUUUGCGGAAGGGUUUCUGCGUGAAAAUGGCUUACUUUAA